GGUAAGUUGACUCACUGUACAAGACCUCCCCCCUUCACUCUGGCCUGUAUUCAUUAAUUGUCUCAGAGAAGGAGUGCUGAUGUAGGAUCAGGUCCUACCGGUCCAUAUAAUAAUGAUCUAAAAGGCUAAACUGGUCCUAGAUCAGCAGGAAGUGUGUUGGGGGUCUUUGUCUGGUCUGUAGCAGGUAUGUGGUCUGUAGCAGACUGCAGGGUGGGAGAUGCAACAAUGGUCUUGAGAACAGCAGGAAGUGUGUUGGGGGUCUUUCUCUGGUCUGUAGCAGGUGUUCUGGGACAAAAUACAGUGAGGAGUGUCUGUGCCUUAAAGGGGUCAUCAGUGUACAUGCGCUGUCCUGUUCCCAGUGUGACCCAAGUCACAGAGAUAGUCUGGUAUAACACAUGGUUGAAUGAUAAACCUUAUGAUCUGAGAUGGAACCCUAAGUAUGAUGGUCGUGUGGAGUACAGUGGAACUACAGAGAAGGACUGUAUCCUGAGAAUCACAGACCUGAGACAGAGUGACAUAGCAACAUAUUACUUCAGAUAUAAAACAAACCAGGAUUCAGAAUGGAAAUAUUCAUAUGGAAUCACUCUCAGUCUCACAGAUCUAAAGGUGGAGAGGAUAUAUUACAACACACUGACCUGUAGCACCACCUGUACUCUGACUGGUAACCCCACAUACAUCUGGUACAAGAACGGACAUCUAGAUGAGAGCACCUCCCUCCAGUACAGAGACCCAGUCUCCAGUAACUAUGACGAUAGUUACUCCUGUGCUGUAAAAGGCCAUGAGGAUCUCCCCUCUCCUGCAGUGUGUGUUCAGGGUCACAACUGCUGGAGGGUGACUUACACCAAGAGGAGAAUCUGUGUCUUGAAGGGCUCAACAGUGGAAAUAUCCUGCUCUUACACUCAUCCCACUAGUUAUAUAGAACAAGGUUCAUUCUGGUUUACACAGAAACACCCUGUAGAUGUCAGUUCAUAUCCAGAGUCUGCAGGUCGUGUGCAGUACAAUAGGAACACAGAGAACCACCACACCAUGACAAUAACACACCUGACAGAGAAGGACUCGGCUGAAUACAUAUUCAGAUUAAUAACAACAUCCAAGGGGAGAUUUUCUGGUCUUCCUGGUGUGUUGUUGACUGUCACAGAUAUCCUGUUGGAGAUGGAUCCUACGUCUGUGUCAGAGGGGGAGAGAGUCACGCUGAGAUGUAGAACCCAAUGUACAGUCGGUCUCAACCCCACCUACAUCUGGUACAAGAACGGACAAAGUCUGACCAACCCAGUCACCAGUUAUAACAGGCUGAUCCUAGACCCAGUCAGCAGUGAGGAUGCAGGGAACUACUCCUGUGCUGUAGAAGGCUUAGAGAGAAUCCUCUCUCCAGAAGAGACUCUCACUGUCAGAUAUGGCCCAAAGAACACCUCAGUGUCAGUCAGUCCCUCUGGUGAAAUAGUGGAGGGCAGUUCAGUGACUCUGACCUGCAGCAGUGAUGCCAACCCACCUGUCCAGAGUUACACCUGGUGGUACAAGAAGAAUGGAGGUGACUAUCAGAGUAUGACAGGACCACAGCAUGUCUUCAACCAAAUCCGGUCAUCUGACACUGGAGAGUAUUACUGUGAGGCCUGGAAUGAGAUGGGGACAGACAGGUCUAGGACCAUUAACAUGGAUGUGAAGUAUGGUCCAUGGAACACCUCAGUGUCAGUCAGUCCCUCUGGUGAAAUAGUGGAGGGCAGUUCAGUGACUCUGACAUGCAGCAGUGAUGCCAACCCACCUGUGGACAAAUACACCUGGUACAAGAAGAACGUAGCCUCACCAAAAGCAUCAGGACAGAGUUACAACAUCACUAACAUCAUCUCUGAGGACAGAGGAGAAUAUUACUGUGAGGCUGAGAAUACAAUAGCAUCUAAUAACUCUACAGCUCUGAUGAUCAUUGUAGCAGGGAAACAAAUAUCAGUUCUGACUGCAGCUGUAGGAAUCAUAGUGGUUGUUCUGGUUCUCAUCCUCUGUCUCUCUGGACUCAUGUGGUUCAGGAAGAAGAACUCCACCUCCACCUCCAACACAAGAGACACAGCAGAUGAUGGACAGGGAGACUCUAGUCCAGUGUAUGACAACAUCUCAAACAUGGCCAUGACCUCUACAGCAGCACAGCCAGAGUCCACAUACGACCAGGAUGAUGUUCACUACGCCAGCGUCCACUUCUCUCACUCCAAAAAACAGGAAGUGCCUCUGUACUCCACCGUCCAAGUGCUUCAGCCCCAGAAACAGGAUGAGGAUGUCGACUACGCUGCUGUGAAAUCCAACCUCCCCAGUUCUGCCACCCAACCAGCAGCAGCACAAGCAGCUGAGGAGAACUCCUCUGUUCUCUACAGUACAGUCAACAAACCCAGAACCAAGAAGACCUGAACGCACCAAACCCAGAACCAAGAAGACCCCAACACAACAAACCCAGAACCAAGAAGACCCCAACACAACAAACCCAGAACCAAGAAGACCUGAACAGAACAAGUUUGAAAAAAACCUUGUAUAAAUAUAAAUAUAAAUAAAACCUUGUGUCGGGGGUUUGUGGUAUGUGGCCAAUAUACCACGGCUAAGGGCUGUAUCCAAGUACUCAGUGUUGCGUUGUGCAUAAGAACA